UGGACGGGUAUAAAUUUUCUCGAACAAUUAUUUUGAGUUCCAUCUCUCUGCGGCGCCUUCACAUCGGGGGAGAACGAAGCCUGUCGAUCAAACAUGACAUUCAAGAGAAGGAACGGAGGGCGCAACAAGCAUGGUCGUGGCCAUGUUAAAUUCAUCCGCUGCUCUAACUGCGGCAAAUGCUGUCCCAAGGACAAAGCCAUCAAGAGGUUUUUGGUGAGAAACAUCGUGGAGCAAGCUGCUGUAAGGGAUGUCCAGGAAGCAUGUGCUUUUGAUACCUAUACCCUUCCCAAGUUGUAUUUGAAGAUGCAGUAUUGCGUCUCAUGUGCCAUUCACUCCAAGGUGGUUCGUGUCCGUUCGCGUACUGACAGGAGGAUUCGUGAGCCCCCACAGCGCUUCAGACGCCCAAGGGAUGACAUGCCUCGGCCAGGUCAAGCUCCACGCCCCGGUGGACCUCCUGUUGCUGCACGUGCUUGAAUUUAUGUAGCAGCUGGCUGGAUUUUGAUUAAGAAAGCUAUUUAGUUUAUCAUCAUCAGACUUGAAACCCUAUGAUAUGUUCUUGAUGUGCAAACAUGUUUUUGAAUUUCAGCAUUAUGUUCUUGAUACUACAAUUGUUGCAAUGCUGUGGUUUUUUAAAAUCUCUAUGCAAUGUGUCGACUAGUCUAGUAUUUAUGUUUGGGGGCUGUAUUAUUACAUUGUUUACUUUGAAGCUAUUUGUUUGGCCUUCUUAAAGGAAGCAUAAUUUUGGACA